AUUCUAGUGAUAAUGAAUACCAUUAAAGCCAUUAAAAAUGCAAUAGUCUGUCUCGUCCUGCUGCCUCGUUUUCUGAUGGCAGCAGUCAUGUUUUGGCUGCUUGACUUCAUUUGCAUCAGGAAAAAGGUGUUCUUCAGGAUGAAGGAGCAGGAGGGCGAUGCCAUCGAUCCUCCUCUCUGCAUAUCGGACUCCAAUCGCCUCUUCAGCCUGGAGUCGCUCAAAGCAGUGUGGCACGGUCACAAACUGGACUUUCUGAAAGCGGCGCACCUCGGACACGGAGCGCCCAACACCGAAGUUGUUCAGCUGGAGGAUCAGCGGCGCAGCCGGAUCCUCGAUUACGCAAAGGACAAGAGACCGCUCAUCCUCAACUUUGGCAGCUGCACCUGACCACCGUUCAUGGCGCGCCUCAAGGCUUUCCAGGGAGUUGUGCAGCAAAACGCGGACAUAGCAGACUCUGUAGUUGUGUACAUAGAGGAAGCGCACCCCUCCGACGGCUGGAUGAGCACUGACGCGCCCUAUCAGAUCCCCAAGCACCGGUGUCUGGAGGACAGGCUGAACGCUGCGCAGCUGAUGCACCUGGAGGUGCCCGGAUGCCUGGUAGUCGUCGACAGCAUGGAAAACUCCUCCAACGCUGCGUACGGAGCUUAUUUCGACAGACUUUAUAUACUGCAGGAGGGAAAGAUAGUUUACCAGGGUGGCAGAGGACCUGAAGGGUAUCGGAUCUCAGAGCUCAGAGAGUGGCUGGAUCAAUACAGAAGAAGGCUGGAGAAAUCCGAUAAUCUAGUUAUUCAUGUGUAGAUUAAUUUUCAUCUUUCUAGAGCUGCUGUGACUAAAAACAAAAACAAACAAUGCUGCACAUUUUUUUCAGUAUUAUAACUCCAGUUAGACAGAUUCUCUCCCUCUUUAAUGGUUAAGUGUAUUUAUUUUUCAUAUGGUUGGAUCAAAGUAAUUUGUCCAACAUUGUAGGAUGUACUACAGUAGGCUCCUUCAUUUCAUAUUGGACAUUAGCCUGCAUCCUGUUAGGAUCCACUCACAAAAAAGAGGUUAGUUUGUUUGGACCUUGAUUGUUUGUGAACAAAAGUAUUUUGUGUGUCAAAAGUUCUGUUUUUAUCUCUUCUCCUUGUGUAAACGCGCCUUUCCUGAAUCCGCCAGGAUGCUGAGAAAUGCGCAUCACUGUGCUCCUCAGUGUUGUUGUGAAGUUCGGUUUUUAAACGGGAUGAAUCCAGAGAACCGACACUGAUGUUUUUAACACUGGAGAUCACAGUGAAGGUGCUGCUCUCUGCCCUGCAUGGCGCAGCUGUUUU